AUGGUUCACACACAUCCAACUAAUGUGUUGAAGAGGCCUGCUCAGGUAGUUUUGGACAUGAAACAGAAGAGGCGGACUACAGCUCAGGUUAAAGAAGAUCAGGCAUGCACUGAGAAGGAGCAAGAGGAACAAGACCAGAAGGCAAAGCAAGCCAUCAUGCAAGUGGCUGCCAGCUCAGCAGAAAGCUGCCAUCCAGCAGGAGAACACAUUGAUGACAAUGAAGAUGAAGACUCUCAAGUCCUGGGACAGAGGAAACACAUCCAGAAGACUGAUCACCACAAUGCUGUCAAUGCGGUCCGAACUGCAAUGCAGCCAUCUCACCCAUGUGCACCAGAUGCUGCCAGGAAUGGAAACAAGCUGAUGUGGGUGUUUUUUCAACUGCCCAUCAUGCUUUUACUUACUGGAACAACGUUAUUUUACUGGAAUCUGCUCCAUGAAUUUACCAGCGACCUAAAAAAAAUAUCUUCAGUUUCAGGUUGGGCUCAACAAGUCAAUACAAAGAUUGAGUCUACCCCAUUCAAGGCGCCAUUGCACUUAGAAAGUGCCUCUUCUCUUUCUCAUCCCACUGGAUCUGCACUAUCUCAAGUCACUCAUGCAACAACUAAUGCAACAACUACUGCUACAGCUCCCCCUGUGACACCUGAAAGCUCUGUGAUCAACAACGAUGUUGAAAUUGAAGAUCACACACCAGACUUGGCUGAUGGGCCUGAGCACUUAGCAGUGUAUACUCUUGCAAAGAUGGGUAAACCAAAGCACAUCCAGAAAUCAAUGGACGUGAUUGAAGUCGAGGAUGUUUCCCAACCUCCAACUCCACCAAUUCCUUCACAAAUGAGGCUCCUUCAACAUGGUUUGGGUAGCACCUGUCCUCAUAUCACUUGGUCUGAACCAAAGGAUGUUGCAGUGGACCCUGAGGGCCAGGAGGACUCUAUCAUGAUUGUGGAUGAUGCUGAUGAUUUUGAUCUUGAAGACUACGAUGCCAGCGCUGCCACAAGGAACACAGGUGGGAAUAAACGAGUCACCACAUUGAACAUCAUUUAUGCAGACAAUCCAUCCCUGAUGAAAUACCAAAUCAUACCUGGUGGUGCUGUCUAUCAUGUGGUUAAACAACGCCUCAGUGAAUGGCACAAAGGGUUUGGAUCUGCCACUGUCAUGAUCAUUACAAGUCUCAUAGCUUCUGACACUACAUACAAAACUGACCAAGAGCAUACCAAGUUUGCCAAGUUCUGGCUCAAAGACAACCGCUUCCUUUUCUCAGAUGUUAGCUCUGAUGACCCAGAGGCAUGGUCAGGGAUGUGGCAGUCUAUGUUUAUGUUGCAGACUUUCGCUGCACACCUAAACUAUACUCAAGGCUGGAUGGAAAUUCCAGCAAUCAACAGCGAAGAUGAAAUCAUGCGGGCAUCACUUGCUUUGUUGGCAGGGGUGGUAAAACGUGCUCUGUACCUCCUUUCUGUAGGAUUGAUGAGUUUUACCAUCACAGCAGCUACUGGGAAGGGAAAGAAGAAAGCUGCUAAUACUACAUGCAAGGGUAAGGCAUCCACUUCUAAUGGAGACAUCUGGGAGGCUCGCCCAUUCAGUUUUGGAGUCUCCCUCAGUCAUUUUAAGGACCUUCUCUCAGUAGCUGUCCUUAGGGUCAAGUUCUGUCUCACAUCCAGGUCUUGCUUUAGAGUCCCCCUAAAAGUAGUCAGUUUCUCCCAUAGUCCAAAGUCCUCACCUUCACCACUCUGGGGUUACGAUACGUGCAUGUUCAUGCAAGCAAUCAAGAACAUUCCCUCCACAGUCAUGGAGGGCAUCAUUCAGCAAGCCCAGCAAUACAUGAAAGCUACCCCUCAUGGAGGAUGGUCCAAGGGCACUGACAAGCCUGUGGAGGAAGAGAUUGAUGAAGAAUAUGUCAAUUUACUUGCUUUCUGCUAA